AUGCAGAGCGCGGUCCUGGCCCGCAGCAGCGGCCUGCGCGGCCUCAGCAGCAAUGCCAAGCCGAUUGCAGGCCACCGCCUGGCACCACAGAGGCUGAUUAGGAGCGCAGUGCGGGCGCAGCAGGGGCAGAAUGAGGAUGAGCCCUCCUCUCGCAGGAACCUGCUGGCUGGCCUGUUUGCCGGCGCGGGCGCGCUGUCGGCGGUGGCGGCGCCCGCGCGCGCCGACGACGCGGCUGGCGUGGCUUCCUCCCGCAUGUCUUACUCGCGCUUCCUGGAGUACCUGGAGAUGGGGCGCGUGAAGAAG